CGCGGACGCGUGCCGCUGGCGACUGGGGCGCAGCUGACGCCGGCGGUGUCGCUGGGGCUAUAUAAAGCAGAGAGCGCGGCCCUUUGCCCCGGUGUGCUUUGGCAGCGCUGGCGCUUUUUCUUCGCGCUGCCAGGUAACGGAGGCUGCUGUUCCUCUGCCCGAGUCCCGCAACUUGGAGGCCCCGGUGUAGGGUGCGGUAACAGGGAACCGUUUGUUCCAGAUCCGCCGCCGCAGCGAUGAUGAACGCGAACUUCUUCCACAUACUGAAGUCUAAAAAAGAACUCAUUCCCCUGGCUGGAAUAGUGUCCUGUGCAGCAGUUGGAGCAUUCUCUUUUUGUGUUUACUCCCUGUUUGGCAAAUCCGAUGUGAUCAUUAACAAGAGUGGCAAUCCAGAACCAUGGGAAAUGAUUGAUCCUACCAAGCCUCAGAAGCUAGUAACAAUCAAUCAGAAAUGGAAACCUAUAGAAGAGCUGGAAAAUGUCAAAAAGAUGACGAAGUGACAAGUUUCUGUUGCCUCAAAAAGGUACCCUAUCAGUCUAGUGGAAUCACUUCUGCACAAACUUGACUACUUAAAUCAGUGUGCGGAAAUGCUUCUGCUACAUUUUUAGGGUCUUCCUACAUUUUUUGGACUCUGGAUGAGGAGUUUCAUGUUGCUUUAGAAGCUGGCUUACAAUAUCCACAUAGUCCAAAAAUCUGUCUCAAAUAUCUAUUCGCAGUAGGCAUUCAAUGACAAAUGUUGAAUAUUCAGAUGGUAAUUAUAGAUGGAAAAAGUCUUCACACUUUUAAUGCAAUUUUUUUCCAAAAUACAUUAAUUUUGUAAUUUAAAAAAUAAAAUAGACUUUAAGUCUUUAUAACAUUCUAUGUAUAUCCCAUAAAUGGAUAUUAACCAAAAGCUCUUAUGAGUUGUGAUUCCUGUCACGCUUCUUCUCUAUGCUGUAUUUUAAUGAUGUUACACAGACCAAAGAGUCAUCAGUCUUUUCAUGACAACAUAUGUGGUCAUAAACUGUGCUUUCAUUUAUUUUCUACAUUAGAUGGGAUUACAAUUUAAAUAAAAAUGAAUGUUACACUGCUGCUAUCAGAAUUUACAUGUGUUCACCUUAACGCACUGAGGACUCCAAUAUGUUAUUUAAAGUUACAUUUGAGACUAAAGGAUUAGAACCUCAGAAUUAAGCAUGGCUGAAAGAGAAUUGGAAAUUAAGUGUAUUGAAAUAUUGUUCCUGUUUAAAUGUAGGAAGAGUUAUUAGAGUUAGGAAACUUGCAUUUUCCCAAACUGCACAAUGUUAAUUUAUUCUUUUUGUGCAAGGUAGUUCGUGGGCAACUCAUCCUGUGUAGUUAACAAUACUUUUUAACAUUUCUAGAUAAAUGCCAUUAGGGACAAUUGCUUUAACAAAGAGUAAAUAACAGAUUAGCAUUAGGAAUAGUUUCUGUGAAAAAAACAGUUCCUUUCUAAUCAUCUGUGUGUUUUCUUGCAAGUUAGCCAGGGAAAGAAUGUAAAGGGCAGACCCCUCAGUAAAUUCAUGAGGCACUAUAUGCAUCCAUUGGUAGAGCAGGCUAUUCAUGGGUGUUUUCUGUAGAUGUGCUUCUCAAGCAGUUUCAUGAUACAUUAUACAGUUUCUUCUUCAGAGAAUGCUCAGAAUGCAUGUCAUUUCCAGUGAAGAAAGCAAAAGUGAAACAACUCCUAAUUUAUAUUUAAAAAAAAUCACCCUGAGUAAUAGUGAUGUGCUUCUGGUUACUGUGCUACAGCAAAGACUUAAGUUAGUAAAGCUGAAUUUUAGCAUAGCUUGGCUUUGGAAGCUUUAUGUUUUCUUCAAAUUGAGGAAAAAUUAAAAAUGUUAUUUUAUCUCAUACUUGUGUGCAGUUACAGCAUAAUUUUUUAUCAAGUAAGGAUGACUCAGCAGCAUUUAUGUUCAAGAGUGAGAGGAACUACAAGACUUCAGAAUACAUUCCUAUUCCAAGCUUUCAUUUUAGGAAUGACCUUACAACAUGAUUGGAUAGCAUAUAACCAGAAAAAUCCAGUCUUCUGAGGAAUACAAUUCUUAGGUAUUUUAGCAGAGAAACGUGGUUUUGGUUGUUUUUUUUCUUAUAUAUUUUCUGUAAGUUGCUCUGUAUUUCCAUAUUCUUACUGGACUGUAUCAAACAAAAUAAAAAGUGCUGUGCUCUGAGCUGAUGCAUGAA